ACGGCGGAAAACAACAACCAUUAGCUCUUGGAGGCAUCUUCUAGUCUUGCGCUAUCAGCCCUUCUUGAAGCAGGGAGGGAGCGAUGGGUCCUUUGCUCAACGCCAUUCUUUUCCACACAGGUGUAUCGCUUAGAAGACUCCUGUUGUCUCUUCACCCUACAAGGCCAUUCAGGCGCCAUCACCGCCGUCUACAUAGACCAGACCAUGGUGCUGGCGAGUGGGGGCCAGGACGGCGCCAUCUGCCUCUGGGACGUGCUGACGGGCAGCCGAGUGAGCCACAUCUGCGCGCACCGGGGCGAUGUCACGUCCCUGACCUGCACCACCUCGUGUGUCAUCAGCAGCGGCCUGGAUGACGUCAUCAGCAUCUGGGACCGGGCAUCGGGGAUCAAGCAUUAUUCCAUUCAACAGGACAUGGGCUGUGGGGCCAGCCUGGGCGUGAUCUCAGAUAAUCUGCUGGUCACUGGCGGUCAGGGCUGCGUCUCUUUCUGGGACAUCGGCUACGGAGACCUGCUGCAGACUGUAUACCUGGGCAAGAGCAACGAAUCGCAGCCGGCCCGGCAGAUCCUGGUGCUGGAGAACGCGGCCAUCGUCUGCAACUUCGGCAGCGAACUCAACUUGGUUUAUGUACCGUCGGUGAUUGAGAAGCGAGACUGAAAGGGGAGGGAGAGCAGAUGAGGAGAACCCAGAAACCCCUACCCGUCCCAUCCCUUUCAACCGCUUCGGGAAGCCCGGUGGCGGAGGGAGGAUGAUUGGCAGGCUUUCCUGUCCAGUAGAAGAAUGGGAAGGAGGCCAGUGUUGAAUCUUCCAGUUGUCUGGGUUCGCGGGCAAGGUGCGGCAAGAGGCCGGGGCCGCCAUUCUGGAAGGGCUGCGGCGGGUGGACCACCGGGGAACAAUUGGAAAGCCAGACAGGGUAGUUUUCCACAAUCCUGCGGCAGCGGUGUU